AUGGGGCUGUGCGAGUCGUGCCAGGCGCAGACGGGUCAGGUCGGCUCGUCCAAGGCCGCCCCGAAGGAGAAGGCUAUCUACACGGGCCCCAGCGUCUGGAUCACGUCCAACGGCUUCGAGUCCGAAACGCAGUGGGUGCACUUCAUUCAGCAGCUGCUGAAGCGCAAGGGUGUCCUUGCGCCCGAGGACGAGUCCGCCUCCGUCACCCGCCAGGCGCUGGUCACGAAAUACGCCGACACGAUCAAGACGCUCAAGAUGACGUACAUCAACGAUGCGAGCUUCCACCGCCCCGAGCACCUGAUGGCGGCGGGCAGGGACCGGACGAACCCAAAGCACUGGUUCUGGUGGGACAACGGUAUGGAGGACAUGAUGGGCCUCCCGAGGGAGAACAUCGCCAUGAUCCAGAUCCUGGAGAAGCCAUGGCUGUUCAACAGGGCAGGCCGCCUGGCGAACCACGACCGGUCGGAGCCCAACGUGUCCGAGCUCGACCCCGCGGACGAGAAGAAGUACUUUGCGGCUCUGCAGCUCACGCAGGACGCCUACAAUGCGCUGAAGGAGAAGCCGCCGCAGGUUGGCGCCGGCCAGGCCGGCAAGAAGCUGCCCGGCUGCCCGGCCUCGGGGCUCAGCUGCGCCGACGAGCUCGCCGAGGUGUCCUCCGCGCUCAACGAGAAGUACAAGGACGCGCUGGACAGGUGGUGUACCGAGUACAUCGACGGUUCCGACUUCAUCUGCGGACAGGGAGGCGAGGUGGUGAUGCUCAACAUGGCCUGGCAGUGCAACCAGGUCGUCGCGGGGCGGCUCGUGGACGCCGUGAGGAGCAACAAGACUGUGUACCUCGGCCUCAGCGCCAGCAGCAUGGUGGCCGCGAAGUCCAUGGAGAUGACCGGGGAGAUCGAGCCGGGCUGGAUCGAGGCUUUCUCUGCCCAUUCGAAGCACCUCAACCGCGAUCACUUCGACGAGAACGACCUCGACGGCGACGGUACCGCGCUCAACGUGCUGGGCGCCUUGCCGCUCUUCGAGUCGCCCCUGGCUAUGCGGCCGCACUACUCGGAGGCGUGGGAGGCGGAGGUCCUCAAGAAGAACCUGGAGGCGGAGAAGGAGUGCGAGCAUGAGGCUGGCAUAGAGAUCGACGACGAGGUCGUGGCGAAGUCCAACGACGGCGUCGAGGCGGCGCUGAGGCUGCUGAACCUCAUCUCUUCAGCGGGCAACAAGCAGGACAACCCCGUCUUCGUUCCCCUGAGGAAUGGCCGAGCCUUCGAGGUGAACAUCUAUUCGAACCCGCACAGGGAGGUGUUCACCGUGAGGAACUGA